UGUUUGUAAUAAUCAGUAGCGCGAAUCCAAUCAUAUACCAUCACGUGUCUGUAUUUUUGCAAGAGUGCCCCAAAAUAUUCGUUUUAAAAACUUAUAGGAUUGUUGGAUAAUUGAAGAAAAUAUUGUAUUGCGUGUUAGCGGUGAAGUAUUUUCUUUAAACGGGUGACUAGUCACACCACUUGCUAUGAUCACUGACUAUUUGACUGAGAUACAUCUCAUUUUUAAACUUGCGGCAAAGUUCUCGCGGCUAGAAACCUACAACGUACAGAAAACAAAACAAACUUAUAGACAAAGAAGAAAUUAAACUAAAAAAAUCAUGAGAAAAACGUUUAAACCAUACUUGCAGCCUCUGACAGGUACCCGGUGUACUACCACAACUGCGGUAGGGUCGAAACCCAAGCAGUCUUAGUUGUGUCCCGGCCGUUUAGUGGCUACUAUGCAGAUCCAUAUUCUCUCCCUCGUUUUUAUUAAAAAAUGAUUUCAUAUGAUAAGUACCGACGAUAGUUUACAGUAUACAAGGCUAAGUAGUAUCUAGCAAAGGGCUGAACUGUCAAAGCUACCAGUAAUUAUCCGUCAACAUUUCACGAAAACAAUUUAUCAGCUUAAUUUCUUUUGUAGUAAUUUUGAAGGAUUCUAAAGGGCGCAGAAAAAAUAUGUGCACAAUGGAAAAAAAUUUCCGAAGAAAGAGAGGGAGAUAGUUAUGUAGGAAGCGCUUUCACUGCGACAAACAGGUUAUGACACACAUUCACGAGACCCUUUCCUUCACGGCAUACCGAACAGUAAUGUGAUUCUCUCCUUGCUUUCACCGUUGACAGCAAGCACAGAGACGAAUCGCUGUGUCUAAAAUGUUUGUGCAGUCGAUUAAAUGUGGAUUGUUUCGGAAAUGUGGAGUACUCUUGACGCACAAGAAUGGAACAGCUGAUCAGCUAGCGCCCGUUGUUCUACAAAGACUUCUGUUCGAUAAAACAUAUCAUGUAAGCAGUGGACGACUUGGUGCAGUUAAACUGACACACAAUCAGAAACCAGACUGGAACAAAGCUGUCUCCGAAGCAGAAAAAAUAGUUGGAUACCCUACCUCAUUUCUCAGUUUACGGUGGCUUUUAAGCGACGAAAUUGCUAACGUUGCUCUCCACCUCAGGAAAUUAGUGGGUUCAAACCACCCUCUGCUGAAAACUGCUAAGGGUUUGUUAUACAAUGGUCGCAAUAACAUGCAAGCCUGGGGACUAAUUGUACUGCUAAUUUCCAAAGCUGCAGGACAUUUGAAUGUGGAAGAAAUGGAGGAAGAUAAAGCAGCAGGGGUUCUACACAGUCAGCGAGCCUUAGCAGAAGUUACAGAAAUGAUCCGCACAAGUCACCUGGUCCAUAAAGGCAUGGUUAAUAUAUAUCCUGGCCUUUACCCUGAAGCUGCUGAUCUGGGUGAUAUGACUUUUGGCAACAAGAUUGCUUUGCUAAGUGGUGAUUACUUGCUGGCUAAUUCUUGUAUGGAGCUGGCAUCUCUGCGCAAUCAAGAUCUGGUUGAGUUGAUGAGCAGUGCUGUGAGAGAUUUAGCUGAAGCUGAAUUUGUGGGAAGGCGAGACAAGCAGAACAAUCCAUUACCUUGGCCUCCAGGUUCUCCAGGUUAUCGUGAUGCUGAAGAAGACUGGACAAUACGUAAUGUGCUUUCUGCUGGUAGCUUGCUUGGCAAAUCAUGUCAAGGAACACUCAAACUUGCGGGACAUGGACCGCAACUGCAGCAACAAGGGUACCUCUUUGGCAAACACCUUGCACUUGCUUGGCAGGCAUGCCUUGAUCUUGAACCUUUUGCAUCACAUUAUACACCAGAUUCGCCCUUUAACUUGACAUCAGCACCUAUAUUGUUUCACUUAGAACAUGAUGCGACACUUUACAAGGAAAUAGAGAAAGGGCAUGAAUCGGUGCUGAAUGUUGAUUACACCAAGGUACACAGCAUUGUCCAAAAAGGACCUGGAAUCAAACGUACAAAACAACUUCAAAAAAAGCACUCCCAGAAAGCAAUGGAAGUUCUAAAAGUGUUUGAUGAAAGUGAUGCUCGUACUGCACUGUCAAACAUUAUAGUUGCUAUGGGUGAACUGUAAGUGUAUGUACUGUGGAAAAAAAGUAAAUCAGUGGAAAAAUCAGGAUGGAGACUCAUUAAUGUUAAGAGGCAAAAUUGGGUCUGUUCUUGUGUUAUUCCUGGAGGAGUACUUCUUCAUGGAGCCUUGCAGUUUGUGAUUUUUUUUCAAAUGUGUUAGGCACCCCUACAUGUG